AAGGUAGGGUAUCCCACAGGUUUCUCUUUAAAUUUUGCAAAAUAUACAUAUCUGAAGCUAUAAGUGAAAAGUGCAGAGGUAGUUCGUCUUUUAAGGAUGACUAACAAUGAUAUAAGCACUUUUAAAGCGCGAUUCAUUAAUGGAAAUGAAAGUACACGAUCCACAUGGGUGAAGUUGUCAAAGACAGAGGCGCAGCAGAAUGGACCAUUGAAAGGAGUGAAGUUCUCAGAUCACAGUAGCGCCAUUAAAAGGAACUCGACGAUCGAACCUGGGUAUGUGAGAGUGAAUCUGCCUUUGAAUGGAAGGUUGUACAGCUACACUGUAAGUUUCGAUGGAGAUCGUCGUGAAAUAGACCCGAACAACACUUUUAUCGUGCCCAAUAAUGACUCAAUUGUCGUCAAAAUUGAGAGAAUGAUGGGGUUUAAACAGCCUGCUUAAUUAGGACUGACGAGUCUGUACACAGAAUCUGGGAAAGAAAACUAUUAUAAACAUCAAAUCAAAAUUAUACAGAUUAUUUGUUUACUCCAAGUCUCUUAAAUGCAAAAUCAAAUAAAAAUUAUGACUUUUUUGUUUAA